AUGUCUCAAGACCAUCAUCAGUUAGAUAGUAGUCUCAUCUGCAAAGUGAUAUCGCCCAUGAUUCAGUCCAACCCGUCUGUCACUAUCCCGGUCUUGCAAAGUGCGGUCCACGCAAGCUAUCACUUCAAACCCUUAUACAGAAAGGUGUGGAUGGCAAAGCAAAAGGCCAUUGCACGGAUCUACGGUGAUUGGAAAGAGUUUUAUAACAAGGUGCUGAAACUACUUCAGGCACUGCAGAGCUGUUUCCCCGACACCAUAUGUGACCUACGCGUCAAAACGUACUAUGAAGCCUUCAAGCAUUACAAGCCAUUUGUCUCUGUAGACGGCACACAUUUGUAUGGCAAGUACGGUGGAGUGUUGCUUAUAGCGGUGGCGCAAGACGGGAACAGCAACAUACUGCCAAUUGCUUUUGCCAUUGUUGAGUCUGAGAGCACCGAGUCAUGGUCGUUCUUUCUUACUAAUUUGAGGCGCCACGUCACCCCACAAGACGGCUUGCUGGUUAUAUCGGACAGAUCUCAAGCCAUCAAGGCUGCCCUUGGAGCUGAUGAUAUUGGGUGGCAUCCCCCUAGGGCUUUCCAUGCUUACUGUAUCAGACAUAUGGCUGCGAAUUUUAUGAGCCGAUUCAAGUCAGCCGAGAACAAGUGA